UUAAUUCACCAACUGCAAAAGUGGGGAAGGAUGUCUGGAGGCGAGGCGUCCCAUUACAGAGCAAGGAGCUGGCUAUAUAAGCCAGCCAAAGCUGGCUGCUCUGGCUACAGUCUGCCUACUGUCACACGCUCUCCCGCGCGCAGACACGCGCCUGCCUAGGGCUACACAAAGCCAGCGCGACUGGGGACCCGAGAGGCUCACGUGGGAACCGCUGCAGCUCUCCAGGUACGCGCUCCAGGGAGCCCUGCGCACGGUCUGAGGUCCCAUCCCGGACAGAAAAACAUUCUUUCACGAAGACUGAGGAUGACCGCUUCAGCUGCAGCUCUGUGCUUCUAAUUCCUAAAUUAGUACGAGAGUGAGAGACCUUAGUUUCCUAGAAACACCUAGGCAGACCCACCUCCACCAUGGGGGCUAUGAUUCAGCUAUUGCUGGGAAUCUUCCUAGCUUUUCUUGUGCUCCCUUCAGAAGGUGGGGUUCUCAAGAAAACCAUCAGGCACAAGCGACAGAGUGGGUUGAAUGUCACCUUCCCAGAGGAGAAUCAGCCAGUAGUGUUUAACCACGUCUACAAUAUCAAGCUGCCUGUGGGAUCACAAUGUUCUGUGGAUCUGGAAUCAGCCAGUGGAGAGAAAGAUCUGGCUCUUCCAUUGGAGCCCAGUGAAAGCAUCCAGGAACACACAGUGAAUGGGGAAAACCAAAUUGUCUUCACGCACCGGAUCAACAUCCCUCGCCGGGCCUGUGGUUGUGCCGCUGCUCCGGAUGUCAAAGAGCUCCUGAGCAGGCUGGAAGAGCUGGAGCUCGUGGUGUCCUCCCUGCGGGAGCAGUGCAGCAUGGGGACAGGCUGCUGUCUCCAAUCUGCUGAAGGUCGUCUGGACACCAGGCCCUUCUGCAGUGGCCGAGGUAACUUCAGCACCGAAGGAUGUGGCUGCGUUUGUGAACCUGGCUGGAAAGGCCCCAACUGUUCUGAGCCCGAGUGUCCAGGCAACUGUAACCUGCGAGGCCAGUGUCUCGAAGGACAGUGCAUCUGUGAUGAGGGCUUCACGGGUGAGGACUGCAGCCAGCUGGCCUGUCCCAGUGACUGCAAUGACCAGGGAAAGUGUGUGGAUGGGGUAUGCAUCUGCUUUGAAGGUUAUGCAGGAGCUGACUGCAGCCAGGAAGUCUGCCCGGUGCCCUGCAGUGAGGAGCACGGGAGGUGCAUCGACGGCCGGUGUGUGUGCCAGGAAGGCUUUGCGGGCGAUGACUGCAAGGAACCCCUGUGUCUCAACAACUGCUAUAACCGCGGACGCUGCGUGGAGAACGAGUGCGUGUGCGAGGAAGGCUUCACAGGCGAGGACUGCAGUGAGCUCGUCUGCCCCAAUGACUGCUUUGACCGUGGCCGCUGCCUCAACGGCACCUGCUACUGUGAAGAGGGCUUCACGGGCGAGGACUGUGGCACACUCACCUGCCCCAAUGACUGCCACCAGCAGGGCCGGUGUGAGGAAGGACAGUGCGUGUGUGACGAAGGUUUUGCUGGUGCCGACUGCAGCGAAAAGAGGUGUCCUGCCGACUGCCACAACCGCGGACGCUGCCUUAAUGGGCAGUGUGAGUGUGACGACGGAUUCACGGGAGCUGACUGUGGGGAGCUCAAGUGCCCCAAUGAUUGUAGUGGCCAUGGCCACUGCGUCAACGGCCAGUGUGUAUGUGACGAGGGCUACACAGGGGACGACUGCAGCCAGCUGCGGUGCCCCAAUGACUGCCACAGCCGGGGCCGCUGCAUAGAGGGAAAGUGUGUGUGCGAGCCCGGCUUCGAGGGCUACGACUGCAGUGACAUGAGCUGCCCCAAUGACUGCCACCAGCAUGGCCGCUGCGUGAAUGGCAUGUGUGUCUGUGAUGACAACUACAUAGGCGAAGACUGCAGGGACCGCCGCUGUCCCCGGGACUGCAGUAACCGGGGUCGUUGUGUAGACGGGCAGUGCCUGUGUGAGGACGGCUUCACCGGCCUCGACUGUGCAGAGCUGUCCUGUCCCAGUGACUGCCAUGGCCAGGGCCGCUGCGUGAACGGGCAGUGCGUGUGCCACGAAGGCUUCAUGGGCCAAGACUGCAAAGAGCGAAGGUGUCCUGGCGACUGCCACGGCCAGGGCCGCUGUGAGGAUGGCCAAUGCGUGUGCCACGAAGGCUUCACGGGCAUAGACUGUGGGCAGCGCUCCUGUCCCAAUGACUGCAGCAACUUGGGACAGUGCAUUUCCGGUCGCUGCAUCUGCAACGCGGGCUACACCGGAGACGACUGCUCACAGGUAUCUCCUCCCAAAGACCUCAUUGUGACAGAAGUGACAGAAGAGACCGUAAACCUGGCAUGGGACAAUGAGAUGAGAGUCACAGAGUACCUUGUAGUGUACACACCCACCCAUGCCAAUGGCCUGGAAAUGCAGUUCCGGGUGCCUGGGGACCAGACAUCCACCAUCAUCCGGGAGCUAGAGCCUGGCGUGGAGUACUUUAUCCGCGUGUUUGCCAUCCUGGAGAACAAGAAGAGCAUCCCCGUCAGUGCCAGGGUUGCCACUUACUUGCCUGCACCCGAGGGCCUAAAAUUCAAGUCCAUCAAGGAGACAUCUGUGGAAGUGGAGUGGGAUCCUCUAGACAUUGCGUUUGAAACAUGGGAGAUCAUCUUCCGUAAUAUGAAUAAAGAAGAUGAAGGAGAGAUCACCAAAAGCCUGAGGAGGCCGGAGACCUCUUACCAGCAAACCGGCCUGGCCCCUGGGCAAGAAUAUGAGAUCUCUCUGCACAUCGUGAAAAAUAACACUCGGGGUCCUGGCCUGAAAAGGGUGACCACCACCCGCUUGGAUGCUCCCAGCCAAAUGGAGGUGAAAGAUGUCACAGACACCACAGCUCUCGUCACCUGGUUCAAACCCCUGGCUGAGAUUGAUGGCAUUGAGCUCUCCUAUGGCCUCAAAGAUGUGCCAGGCGACCGCACCACCAUCGAUCUCACACACGAUGAGAAUCAGUACUCCAUCGGAAACCUGAAGCCCGACACCCAGUAUGAGGUGUCCCUCAUCUCCCGCAGGGGCGACAUGUCCAGCAACCCAGCCAAGGAAAGCUUCACAACAGGCCUGGAUGCGCCUAGGAAUCUCCGACGCGUCUCCCAGACAGACAGCAGCAUCACUUUGGAAUGGCGAAAUGUCAAGGCAGCCAUCGACAGCUACAGAAUCAAGUAUGCACCCAUCUCUGGAGGCGACCAUGCCGAGGUCGAUGUUCCCAAGAGUCAACAAACAACGACCAAAACUACACUCACAGGUCUGAGGCCAGGAACCGAGUAUGGGAUUGGAGUCUCUGCUGUGAAGGAGGACAGGGAGAGUGACCCAGCAACCAUCAAUGCUGCAACAGAAAUUGAUGCACCCAAGGACCUGCAAGCUUCUGAAACCACAGAGAACAGCCUGACCCUUCAGUGGAAGACACCACUGGCAAAGUUUGACCGAUACCGCCUCAACUACAGCCUCCCCACGGGUCAGUCCAUGGAGGAGCAGCUGCCCAGAGAUACCACCUCACAUGUGCUUCGAGGCCUGGAGCCUGGCCAGGAGUACACCGUCCUGCUCACAGCUGAGAAGGGUAGACACAAAAGCAAGCCAGUCCGCGUGAAGGCCACCACUGAACAUGUCCCUGAACUGGAAAAUCUCACCGUGACUGAGGUUGGCUGGGAUGGCCUCAAACUCAACUGGACUGCAGCUGACCAGGCCUAUGAGCACUUUGUCAUUCAGGUGCAGGAAGCCAACAAGGUGGAGGCCACUCACAACCUCACAGUGCCUGGCAGCAUGCGGGCCGUGGACCUUCCGGGUCUCAAGGCCGGCACCCCUUACAGGGUCUCCAUCUAUGGGGUGAUCCGGGGUUAUAGAACACCAGUCCUCUCUGCUGAGGCCUCCACAGGGGAAACUCCCAAUUUGGGAGAGAUCACGGUGACCGAGGUGGGCUGGGAUGCCCUCAAACUCAACUGGACUGCUCCAGAAGGGGCCUAUGAGCACUUUCUCAUUCAGGUGCAGGAGGCUGACACAGUCACAGUGGUCCAAAACCUCACAGUUCCAGGAGGACUGAGGUCCGUGGACCUUCCAGGGCUCAAAGCAGCCACUCACUAUAGAGUCACCAUCCGUGGGGUCGCUCAGGACUUCAGUACAACUCCUCUCUCUGUUGAAAUCUGGACAGAGGAGGUUCCAAGUUUGGGAAACCUUACAGUGACUGACGUUAGCUGGGAUGCCUUCAAACUGGACUGGACUACACCAGAUGAGAUCUAUGACCAGUUUGUCAUUGAGGUCCAAGAGGCUGACCAGGUAGAAAGGACUCACAAUCUCACUGUUCCUGGCAGCCUACGCUCUGUGAAAAUCCCAGGCCUCACAGCUGGUACUGCUUAUAGGAUCACCCUGCACGGCGAGGCCAGGGGCCGCAGAACUCGACCCCUUGCUGCAGAGAUCUUCACAGAGAAACUCCCCCAGCUGGGAGACUUAGCUGUGACUGAGGUUGGCUGGGAUGGCCUCAAACUCAACUGGACUGCAGCUGACCAGACCUAUGAGCACUUUGUCAUUCAGGUGCAGGAAGCCAACAAGGUGGAAGCCACUCACAACCUCACAGUGCCUGGCAGCAUGCGGGCUGUGGACCUUCCGGGUCUCAAGGCCGGCACCCCUUACAGGGUCUCCAUCUAUGGGGUGAUCCGGGGUUAUAGAACACCAGUGCUCUCUGCUGAGGCUUCCACAGCCAAAGAACCUGAAAUUGGAAACUUAAGUGUUUCUGACAUAACAUCUGAGAGCUUCAAUCUCUCCUGGACAGCUACCCAUGGGAUCUUCGAGACCUUUACCAUUGAAAUUAUUGAUUCCAAUAGGUUGCUGCAGAUGGUGGAAUAUAACAUAUCUGGUGCUGAACGAACUGCCCAAAUCUCAGGGCUCCCCCCUAAUACUGAUUUCAUUAUCUACCUCUCUGGACUUGCUCCUAGCAUCCGGACCAAAACCAUCAGUGCCACAGCCACCACAGAGGCCUUGCCCUUCCUGGAAAACAUAACCAUUUCCGACAUUAAUCCCUACGGGUUCACAGUUUCCUGGAUGGCAUCGGAGAAUGCCUUUGACAGCUUUCUAGUAACAGUGGUGGAUUCUGGGAAGCUGCUGGACCCCCAGGAAUUCACACUUUCAGGAAUCCAGAGGAAGCUGGAGCUUAGAGGGCUCAUAACCGGCAUUGGCUAUGAGGUUAUAGUCUCUGGCUUCACCCAAGGGCACCAAACCAAGCCCUUGAGGGCUGAGGUUAUUACAGAAGCUGAACCAGAAGUUGACAACCUUCUGGUUUCAGAUGCCACCCCAGAUGGUUUCCGUCUGUCCUGGACAGCUGAUGAAGGGAUGUUUGACAGUUUUGUUCUCAAAAUCAGAGAUUCCAAAAAGCAGUCUGAACCUCAGGAAAUAAUCCUUCCUUCCCCUGAACGUACCAGAGACAUAACAAAUCUCAGAGAGGCCACUGAGUACGAAAUUGAACUCUAUGGAGUACGCAAUGGAAGGCGAUCCCAGCCAGUCAGCGCCAAAGCAACAACAGCCAUGGGAUCUCCAAAGGAACUCAUUUUCUCAGACAUCACUGAGAAUGCAGCCACUGUCAGCUGGAAGGCACCCACUGCCCAGGUGGAGAGCUUCCGAGUUACCUAUGUGCCCAUCAGCGGAGGGAUGCCCUCCAUGGUUACAGUAGAUGGGACCACAACGGAAGCCAGGCUGGUGCAGCUCAUCCCUGGGGUGGAGUACCUCGUCAGCGUCAUCGCCAUGAAGGGCUUCGAGGAAAGUGAACCAGUGUCAGGGUCACUCACCACAGCUCUGGACGGCCCAUCCAGCCUGGUGAUAGCCAACAUCACUGACUCUGAAGCCUUGGCCAUGUGGCAGCCAGCCAUAGCCCUUGUGGACAAUUACAUCAUCUCCUACACAGGGGAGAGAGGUUUAGUGCCAGAAAUUACACGCACCGUGUCUGGGAACACAGUGGAGUAUUCUCUGACUGACCUUGAGCCUGCCACGGAAUACACACUGAGAAUAUUUGCAGAGAAGGGACCCCAGAAGAGCUCCACCAUGACUACCAGGUUCACAACAGACCUGGAUGCUCCCAGAGAUUUGACUGCUUCUGAGGUUCAAUCAGAAACUGCUCUCCUCACCUGGCAGCCUCCCCGGGCAUCAGUCACUGGUUACCUCCUGGUUUACGAAUCCCUGGAUGGUACACUCAAGGAAGUCAUCUUGGGUCCGGAUACCACCUCCUAUAGCCUGAUAGACUUGAGCCCAUCCACCCACUACACAGCCAGGAUCCAGGCACUGAGAGGCCCCCUGAGGAGCAAGCUGAUCCCGACUGUCUUCACCACAAUUGGGCUCCUGUACCCGUUCCCCAAGGACUGCUCCCAAGCAAUGCUGAAUGGAGACACGACCUCUGGCCUCUAUACCAUUUAUCUAAACAAUAAUAAGACCCAGGCUCUGGAGGUUUUCUGUGACAUGAGUUCCGAUGGAGGUGGCUGGAUCGUGUUCCUGAGACGCAAAAAUGGGCGUGAGGACUUCUAUCGAAACUGGAAAGCCUAUGCUGCUGGAUUUGGGGACCGCAAUGAAGAAUUCUGGCUUGGGCUAGAUAACCUGAGCAAAAUCACAGCCCAAGGGCAAUACGAGCUCCGUGUGGACCUGCAAGACCAUGGAGAGACAGCCUAUGCCGUUUACGACAGGUUCAGUGUGGGAGACGCCAAGACCCGAUACAAGCUGAAGGUGGAAGGGUACAGCGGGACAGCAGGUGACUCCAUGGCCUACCACAAUGGCAGAUCUUUCUCCACCUAUGACAAGGACACAGACUCAGCCAUCACCAACUGCGCCCUGUCUUACAAAGGAGCUUUCUGGUACAAGAACUGUCACCGUGUCAACCUGAUGGGGAGAUAUGGGGACAACAACCACAGUCAGGGAGUUAACUGGUUCCACUGGAAGGGCCACGAAUACUCAAUCCAGUUUGCAGAGAUGAAGCUAAGACCCAGCAACUUCAGAAAUCUAGAAAGCAGGCGCAAACGGGCAUAAACUCCAAGGACAACUGGGUGAGAGAAGAGGGCCCAGAGAAAGGAAAGGAUUUUACCAAAGCAUCAAUAUACCCAGUCUGAUCAUCUGGCCACACCUGGGCAUUGGGCAAGAGUCAAGGCUGGCCCCAGGCCAUGAGGCCACUGCAUCACCCACUCUGCGGUCACUUCCUUCACACCAAAGACAGCGGGCUGCAGCAGGCUUCUGUUUUGUUGUUUGACUCAGCAAAAUCCUUCCGGUGACGACAACACAAUAGUUUUUACUUCUCUCAGUGGCUCUGGGAAUGGGAGAGGGGGAGACAGUGGUAGUUUGUUUUAGAACCAGCUGUAUUUUUAAAAAAGCUAUAUAAUUAAUUGUUAUUAUUUUUGUUAGUAAAGAUAAAAUGUGUGUCAUUGGAAUUUGCCCCCCUGUUUUUUACAUUUCAUACAACUGAAGUCAGAAAAGCAAUACUGUUUCCCUUUCAAGGAGAUGAUUAAUAUUAUUAAUAUAAUAAUGAUGAUGAUGAAAACUAAGGAUUUUUAAAGAGUUGUUCCUAUCCCAAACACAUCUUGAUGGUACGUGACUGUAUUUUUUUUAAUAAAACCACAAGUACUUUAA